AUGUUAGCAGAUCGUAAAAGAAGAAAAAUAACUGUUUACAAUUCAGAUACUGACGAAAAAGAAAUAAUAAAUCCUUCAGAAGUAAGAAAAAUACUUGCUCUUUUUAAACAAUCUGCCAAAAUCUAUUAUGAAGCAGGUGAAAAUGAAGAUAUUAGACAUUAUUUUACUGGUAGAGGAACAGAAACAUAUAUACAGAUCAAUGAACGGAAAGAUUGUUUGCUAAUAGCUUAUCAUGAAUCAUUAGGUAGAAAAGAUGGAUCACAGAAUGGAUCGGUACCAUUGGUAAAUAUUAAAGAAAAAAAACAACUUUCAGAUGUUAUAAGCAAUAAAGAUCUAGAAAAAGAAAUAGAAUAUAAAUUAAUACCUGAAGCUAUGAAAAAAUUAAGGAAUGAAAAUGAUAAACUAGUGGUAAUUAUGUCUCAGCCAUUUAAGGCGGGUACAAUAAAGCAAACAGAUAAUGUACGCUUAGAUGAUCAGAAUUUUACUGGAAAUAGUGACUAUAUUAAUUUUCAAGUGCAAAUAGAUGGACAGAGAUAUAAACAUCAACGUAGGGGUAAUGAAUCUACAACUGUCGCACAUGUUUUAGUGACAAGACCACUAAAAGAUUCUGAUGCUGUUUAUCAUUGUAGCUCAAGAAAAAUUGCUAAGGUCCUUCUUGAUAGUUUAAAUAAUGACAAAACAGUAAAAUUACUUGCAGAAAAUCUUUAA